AGACAAACUGAACACACACUGAGAAGAGCAACCUCACCUCUCUGGCAUCCUCAUCAGGUCAUAUUGCAGUUGUGAAAAUUUUUGGAUCAAGUCCAGUUGUAAAGAUGCGUGCAUUGUUCCUUGUGGUCCUGUAUGCUGGACUGUGCUAUGCCAGUCCCGUCACCGACCAAGAAAACAUAGAGACUCUGAUGGAUAAUGUUCUGGUCCUGAGAGUUCCUCAUGAUAAGGCCACCCUGGUGAAUGUUCCUCUGAGCUGUGGAGAAGCCUAUAGAAACCAGCCUGUGGUUUGGAAGAAAGAUGGCGAGGAGAUUGAGCCACCUCUGAAGGGGAACCAGGUCAACGUCCUAGUGGAGGAGAUGGAUGGAGGAAACUACACUUGUCACCUCGGUCCAGAUGGAGAAUACCUCAACCACACUGUGAUCUUUAUCCAACUAGACCCAGACAACAGGACUGUCAUACUGGAAGAACAAUCCACUGAAAAGGGUCACAUUCACUGUUCAGCACCUAACUAUAACGGCUCCUUCCACUGCUCCUGGAAGAGGUCUCGUGUCAGAUCCAGCGCCCCUGUGCUCCUGGUGAAGGCAGAACGUAAUUUGGAAAAUAUUCCCUGUGAGCUGAAUUCUGAUGGAUCAGGGAUUCAGUGCCAGGAAGCCAACUGCCCAUACAAAGAGGAACAGCACCGCAUCUUCGUCACCGUCUACAUAUACAGCGCUUCUCUUCUCGAGGCCUACACAAGGGCUUUCUACCUGAGAGACAUUGCGAGGCCGGAUGCACUCCUUAACAUCCGCAACAGUAAUGGGAAGGUGUUCAGCUGGAGCUACCCCGACUCCUGGGAGAAGCCCUGCUCCUACUUUGUUCUGCAGUUCCAGGUCAAGGUGGUCCAAAAAGGAAGGUCCUGUGACGGCGAACAUCACAUAAUGCUACACACCACUGAGGAAACAAAGUAUGAGGUCAAUCUCAAACUCCAAAAGUAUGUUUUCUGUGUGCGAGCUCAGGACAAAAUUACCCUAGGGCCAUUUAACCACUGGAACUUCUGCACAGUGAAUAAACACGAGGUGGUCUGCUAGGUUCCUUCACUAGACUGCUGCCAUAAAGGAUGGAAGAGCACAAGGAUGCAAGAAAUAAUUUUUCCAACUAGUAUUUUUUUAUCACAUUUAUUAAUGCAAUGCACAAAAAUCGGUGCUUUAGGGGUGAAUGUAUACCUGUACAGUAUUUAUUAUUCACUAGUUUAAGUUGUCUCUAUGGAAUAUCUUGUUAAAAUGAUUAUUUGUAAUAUGAUUUAUAUUAAUUAUUCAUUCCUUUGUUCCCUUUGAGAAUGUUAUUCACAACUAUCCUUUGCAGAAUUGUUGCUAAAACGUUUAUUAACAUUGACCAAUAAAUUGAUGAACAU